CUCACAGUAGAUCAUCUUCAUCAGCCUUACCAGGAUCAACACUGGGGCUGAGCCCAAAUAUUCCAAUCAUUCAGAUUUGAUUCCGUUUACUCUGAUUUGAUUAACCUUUUUGCUGAUUUGAGUAUUCGGUAUAUUAUUUUAGCAGGCCUCAAAUAUAUACAACAGGAAAUGUUGUAAUGCUUUAAUUGUAUGGUCCUGUUAAAUUGUUCUACACCCUGUUCUACACCCUGUUCUACACCUUGUUGUCUGUCCUUCUGCCAGUGUAUGACAUAAAGUGAUCUUUGUUGUUCAUGUCCAUUACAGAACAGUAAACCAGAUUCCUUAUUGAAGAUGGAAACUGAAGUGCACAAGUUUGAGAGAACGCCACUGUCGGGCAACAAAGACAAGUUUGCCUUUUCAAUGACACACAAGAAGUUACUAGGUUCUAAGCUGAAGCCCCAGACUAACUCCAGUGUGUUCAGCUCGUUACAAAACCUAAAAGAGGACAAGGCCAAGCCGGUGAGAGACGAGUACGAGUACGUGUCAGACGAAGGAGAGCUGAAGAUUGAUGAGUUCCCCAUCAGGAGGAAAAAGAGAGACUUAUCCUUCCUGUCAAACAUCAAAGAAGCAAUCCAGCCAUCCAAGAAGCCAAAGCUCAUCCCCUCUGAUGUCAAGGUAUGUAAGCUCCUCUCCCAAG